CUGUCAGUUGUUUUUUGCGCUUAAUGCGCUGCGGUUCGUGUUUUUUCUUUAUGUCGAAUUUUGUUUAAUUAUUCAAGUGCGCAGCGCGUUUAAACGAUACGAAAUGAUCGCCCAAGUAUUUUAACCGAUAUAAAUCAAAUAAAGUUAAGCGCAAGAAGUGAAAUAUGAUUGCCAUAAAUUGGUUCGAUGUAUUGCCAGUGGCCAUAACUUUCCUAAGCAUUAUCUUUGUGCAAGUGUUGAACGUUUAUUUGCACAUACUGAACGAUAAUGGGCCAGCGAAGAAUGUCGAUAAAGUCGAUUCUAGUGAAGUGGAGUGCCUUAUAAGAAGCUCACUCAAUGGCAACACAAGUCCAAGUCCAAGUGCAACAGCAAGAGGCUCCCAAACGCCCACGCUAAGCAAUGGCAAAUUAGAAAAGCAGACGAGUCUUCUAGACUGCGAUAGCGGCAUAUCAUUGAGCUCCAUCAACACAAGUGUCACAGCAACAACAACAACAAGCACAACAGCAGCAGCAGCAGCAGCAGCUGCAACUGCAACAGCAGCAACAUAUAGCACACACAAUGGUUUCCUCACCCAUACGCUCAGUUUCGAAACCUUGGGCGAUGAGUACCAUGAGGAUGAGGAUACGCUGUCGCUUGAGAAUCUUUUUCCCUGCGAUCAAACGGAGAUCUAUGCCUCGAAGAAAAUCAGCUUCAUUAUCGAUGAGCUCAUCCAAACGGAGGUCAACUAUGUUAACAAUCUGCGCAAGGGACUCGAUAACUAUGGCAAGCUGCAGCUUGUAGAGGAUUUGCCUGAGGCUCUGCGUGGUGAGCAGCGUCAGCAGCAUCUGCUUGGCAAUAUCGAGGAGAUAUUGGAGCUACACGAGCAACAGAUACUGCCGCUUAUGCUGCGCAAUCAGCGCGAUCUCAAAGCUCUGUUCGACGAGCUGGCUACACACUUUGAGAAAAACAGCUUCUAUUGCUAUGUGAGCUUUACGAUGGGCAAAAAAGUUUCAAUGCAGUUGCGCCAAGAGAAUCGCGAAUGGCUGCAGAGCUAUCAAACAUUAAUAAAAGACAAACUGGGCAUUGAUAGUUUUCUAGUGCAGCCCAUACAAAGACUGACCAGAUAUCCAUUGCUAUUGCAGCAAUUUAUAUCGGAGUUCUAUAAGAACGGUAUUAGCUGUAAGCCAGUGCUGAGCGCUGUUUGCAAGCUGGAGACGCGGAUGCGUAGACAGCUGGAUGUGGUCAAUCAGGCGGAGGAGAUACACAGCAUAGAAGAGCUCAAUGAGUUUGAUCUGCAUCAGCAGGGACAAUUUCGUCGCUCGACAGAAUUUGAGGCUCAGCAUUUUCCCACACGCAAGAAAUAUCGCGCUAAGGUUUUUCUCUUCGAGCGCUGUCUGGUCUGCACGGAGGUGCGAAAGAAGCGUCUGGCCUAUCGCCAGCACUACAACUGGGAGCAUGUGGAACUGCAGCGUCCGCUCGAGUUGGCCACUGCGAAUGCCAACAAAAUUAUCAAUCUGCUGGUCAAGCAGCCGGAUAAGGAGCGAAGCAAGCGUGAGGAGUACUCAUUUGUUGCUAGUGAAGCAGCUGUGGUCAAGCAAUGGCUGCUGGCCACUCAUAGAAUCAUUGAGAUUGCGCGCCAUGAGCAACUGCAGCGUGAUACGUUUAGUCUGCCCAUGGAUUUGGUGCUGGGCGUUCUCCUAGCCAUUUGGCUCAUUUGGCAAUAUUUGUAGUUGCGACUGUUACGCUAGUUUAUAAGCCCAUAGAAUAAAGCUCUAAGUUAUUUCGAUCAAAAA